AUGACUCAAUCUGAAGACACUCCAUCCCAAAUGCCCGCCUGGUACGUGCCAAAUGCGACCGAGGACAAUGUAGCGCCGGAAAUCCGCGAGGUUCUCGUAGGCUACAGCGGUAUUCCGCGGGACCAAGUCCUCGAUCAUGUCGUGAAAAUACGUGAUGAAGCUUGGAAAGUCUAUCCAUAUCCAUGUAUCGGUCAGUUUCGAUUUGUCGAUCGCAGCUUCACAAAGCCAUCCAAGGAGUUCGAUGAAAUAAUACAACGCGUGCGCAACGGUGAAACACUGCUAGACAUGGCGUGUUGCUUCGGCCAUACAAUACGUGAGCUGGUUCAUGCCGGUGCGCCAGCCGAGAAUAUCUACGGUUGCGACCUCCAAGCCGACUUCAUCGAAUUGGGAUACAAGCUUUUCCAGGAUCGGGACAAGCUUGCAACCAAAUUUAUCACGGCAGAUAUUUUUGAUCCUGAUUCCGCGCUUGUAGAGUACAAGGGACAUUUUGAUAUUAUCCAGGCGGGCAAGUUCUUCCAUCUAUGGGGUUACGAAACACAGCUCGUAGUCUCCAAAGCUGUUUUUGAAUUGCUGCGGCCUCAGCCCGGUUCGAUGAUUGUUGGUUCGCAAAUUGGAGAACUCGAGGCUGCGGAAGGACCCUCGCCAGUAGGGACGAUGUUUCGGCAUAGCCCAGAGAGCUUCAGGGAGAUGUGGGAGAAGAUAGGAAAGGAACUUGGUGUCAAGUUCACCGUUGAGACCCGGAUGACAAAACUCGCCAAAGGGCAUUUCAGGUUUACAGAUAACACGAGGAUGCUUUGGUUCACCAUCCGCCGCGAGUAG